AUGAACUUAAUCUGCUUAUCUACCGUUGGAUCUCGUGCUGGCUUUGUAGCUUGCCUCUUUAUGCUAUUCUCUUGCUCCACGUUGACUUCCACAGAAGCUUAUGAUCGGUUAGAUCCAAAUGGAAAUAUCACAAUCAAAUGGGAUAUCAUGAGUUGGACUGCAGAUGGUUAUGUUGCAGUUGUUACAAUGUACAACUUUCAACAAUAUCGCCGUAUUCAAAAACCGGGAUGGACAUUAGGAUGGACAUGGGCUAAAAAGGAAAUAAUUUGGAACAUGAUAGGAAGCCAAACAACAGAACAAGGAGAUUGUUCAAAAUUCAAAGGAGAAAUUCCACAUUCUUGUAAGAAGGAUCCAACAGUAGUUGAUUUAUUACCAGGAACACCUUACAACCAACAGGUUGCAAAUUGUUGCAAAGGCGGUGUCUUGAGUUCAUGGGCUCAAGAUCCAGGCAAGGCUGUAAGUUCUUUUCAGCUUAGUGUUGGUUCUGCUGGAACAACUAAUAGAACAGUUACACUUCCAAGAAAUUUUACCCUCAGAGCACCUGGUCCUGGUUAUACUUGUGGUCCUGCUAAAAUUGUCAAACCAACUCAAUUCAUUACCAGUGACAAGAGGAGAGUCACACAAGCCUUGAUGACAUGGAAUACUAUCUGCACUUAUUCUCAUAGACUUCAACGGAGACUUAGUGACAAGGAUUAG